CGCGGAAGUUAGGAAGCUAUACAGUAGAACGCAGGAACUAGUCAGAUUCACGUCAGUUGGCACCGCCUAGCUAUUUCCCGCGUUCAGGCCAAGAUUAUUGGAUUCUGGCCGCUACAGUACUCAACAACCCGUCACUGCUGUACCUGGCAAUCGCAAGGGGUUCCUUGAGUCAAUCCCGGACGGGGAUGACAUGUCCAUGGAUCCAACCUCAGAUACCAAGCAAGUCCCUCUUGAUGUUAUUUCAUGCCGUGGCUCUGAUAAUGGUACAGUUAUUGACUAUAGUAAGACUAGUCCUUGUAGGACCUCUGCUCAGUUGAAGGUACGACAGUUGGAUGAAAGGCAAGAGUUGGAACUUCGUGAAUUCAAGGCUAAACAAAGACAGGAAAGGUUGCGUCUGCAUAAAGAACUCAACUUAGAUGUGAAUGGGGGUUUAGGUGAUACCUUUUCCUUGGAUGAUGAUAUAAAGUGUCACAAAUCAGUUUGUCUUGGCAUUGACCCUCAUAGCAGUUCUGAUCGUGAAACGACUAGCCAGGGAGCAGCGCAGAAAACAAAGGGGUUGCCGCUACUUUGCCUUGUGUCAAUGUUGGCCAUGAGUUGCCGAAAGUAGAAUUAAGCAGCUUUGACGGACAUCCAGCCAAAUAUUGGAAGUUUAUGAGGCAGUUUGAGCUCUACGUUGUCUCUAAGGUUGAUGAUGAUGGACAGAGGCUGUUAUACUUGUUACAUUACUGUAAAGGUAAGGCCAGGGAGGCUAUAGAGGAAUGCAUUAUGUUACCACCAUCUGCUGGUUAUCGUAGGGCUCGGGAUAUACUCAAACGUUUGUUUGGAAGGACUCAUGAAGUCAGCCGGGCCUUACUACAGGAUCUGAUGGAAUGCUCGAACAUAGAACAAAACGAUGCUGAGGCAAUGUCGAGGUUAGCUAUAAAAAUGGAAAACUGCGCUAUAGCCCUAGAGCAAAUGGACUAUACUGCGGACCUUAACUCCUUGAGAACUUUAGAAGGUAUAGUAAAGAAAUUGCCCCGUGUGUUACAGAUGAAAUGGGCGGAGACUGUCGAAAAGCUAACUGAAACCGAACGAGAACCUACCUUCGCAGAGUUAACGCAGUUUGUGUCAGCACGUGCGAGCAUUUUGCUAAGUAGGUUUGGACAGCUGGCAACAAGCAGUCGACGACCAGAUAGUAAAAUAGCAUGUUCCACGCAGCAGCUAGUACCCGUUGGGGGAGUCCUGAAACCUUCAUGUAUAUUUUGUGGAGGGAACCAUGUAGUCACAAAAUGUACCACAUUUCUG